AAAUAAAACUGACAAAAAAAAACAGUUCAACUGAAACCUUCACCGAGUGAAGCUGAGAAGCGUGAAAUUCCUCCUGAACCCAGCCCCAAAUCGGUUUGCUGCGCCUGAUUUUAUUUCACGAUCCUCUCGGAUAUCGUGAGAGAGUCGAGGGAGAGAGUCUUAGAGCUGCCAGCCAUUAAGACCUGAAUGAAAACCACUUAGAAAAUCAGAAGGUGCAGCAGUGGUUAAAAAAAAACUAAACUAAGAAGCUACAUUUCAGAAGGAUGAGCUCAUCUGUUUCACGAGAGCUGCAGUGCCCACAGGUAUUUGGCCGGUCCAUAUCACAGGAUUCUGUGGAGAGCUCCUCGAUGGAGGACUAUUGGAGAGAAGUGAGGAGCAUUAAGGAGAGCAGUCAGAAUGGACAAGAAGAACAGAACCUAGUGGAGGUCAAGACACCUGAUGAGGGGGAGAUGGAAGCUGAGUGGUUGCAGGAGGUAGGCCUCUCAACCUUGGUCUCAGGCUCGGCAGGAGAGGAUGGCAUGGCUUUGUUGUCCACAUUGACCCGAGCGCAGGCUGAAGCUGUCCAGCGCCGACUGGACACCUACACCCAGACCACCCGGAGGAAGAACAAGCAGCCAGUCCGGGAUGUUCGAGACGUGUUCGGUCUCACUGACACUCCAGCCAGAAUUGAGUUUAUGACCCCAGAGCCAUCACCUACACCUAAUGGGGUACAGCAGUCUGAGGAAACAACUUUGUGGGAUCAGUCAAAAGAGAAUAAUAAGAGUGGUGAGAAAAUAGAAACCCAGCAAAACAGCCCAGAAAUAACGGAGGAUCUGAACUGGGACAUCCCGUACUCUGAGUCUCUAACAGCAGCUCAGAAAGAACAACAAUGUAGAAACACCUUUCCAAAGCGGCCCAGCAGUGCAAUAUUACCAAAAUUUACCAUUCGGGAGGAUAGGCUGGGGCUAACACGCAUUGGAGAUCUAUCCUCUCAGGAUAUGAAAAAAAUCCAUAAUCUCUCUCUGAUAGAGAUCACCACUUUCUACGAUGCACUUGGAAUAGAAUUGAAGAGGAACAGGACUGUGAAGGUGAAAGCAAAGGAAACGGGUCCCUUUGGUGUUCCCCUCACAACAUUGCUUGAAAACGAUCAAAAGAAGGUUCCAGGGACAAAAAUUCCUCUCAUUUUUCAAAAACUUUUGUCAAGAAUGGAACAAACUGGUUUGGAUGCUGAAGGAAUUCUCCGGGUUCCAGGGUCUGCCUCUCGAGUGAAGAAUUAUCGACAAGAGUUGGAGGCAAAAUUUUACAAUGACACCUUUGACUGGGACCAAAUCCAUCACAAUGAUGUCGCCUGCCUGCUGAAGACCUUCAUCCGAGAACUGCCUUACCCUUUACUGACUGCGGAAUACCUUCCAGCAUUUGUCGCGGUGCAAAAUAUCUCACCAAUCAAGUUGCAGAUACAAGCUCUGCAUCUUAUUAUCAUGUUACUGCCUGAUCCCAAUAGAGACACUAUCAAGGCUUUCUUGGAAUAUCUCAGCAAGGUCGUAGCGAACGAAGCCAAAAACCGAAUGAGCCUCUGGAAUGUCUCCAUGAUUGUCGCCCCGAAUCUCUUCAUGUGCAAAGGGAGGAGUGGAAACCACCUAGAGGCAGAGGCCGCUACCAAAGCUGCCAACAUCGUGCAGCUUCUCAUCAAAUACCAGGACAUCCUGUGGACUAUCCCGCCCUUUAUGAUCGCCCAGGUGCGGAAGAUGAAUGAAAGUGAGAAUCGAAGACGGACCAGAGUGACGUGGUUGAACACAUCUUCAUUUUUUUUCCCUCCAACCUUCAGGGGAAAUGGCUCACCGUCACCUGGUUCCUCACCCCGAGGACGCAACCGAAACCAGGAGCCGGCCUUGUGGGAGGUCCCAGGUGUGAACUCCUGUUCAUCUACUUUGGGACUCUGUUUGAAGUCAGACAUACCUGAGGGAGUCAUCCGUGUUUAUGCCACCCAGCUGUCAAAGGUUUCCAUGGCCAUUCAGCUGGACAGUGAGACCAAAGCAAGUGACAUUCUUGCUCGGUUUCAUUGUGAAAACAGUACGAAUUCUGCAGUACCUGUUAAUGGACAGAGCCAUCACUUGUUUGAAAUUGGUGGAAAUAUAGGAGAACGCUGCCUGGACCUCAACACAUACAUUCUGGACUUGUACCAUUUAAAUCCGAACGCAACAUGGGUCAUCAAACCCAGAACAUUGUGAGAUUACUUGUUGCAGAGUGAUGGGCCGUUUAAUAAUCCAGACACAGUCUUGGUGAAUGUGACUACAGGGACCCCCUGAGAAUACUAGCUAUUUUUACAGUGGUGCCUCUAUGUCUAAGGCUACGAUCUGUUGAUAAUCGUUACCUGCAGAACACUGCCUUCACAGGUGACCCUUUCCGAGGUCUCAAUCCUACUGGACUGGCUAAGCAUGUUGCCACUCAAUGGGACACCCUCAGCACCAAUGGGAGUUUUCACCAUUGUGAAGGCUUUCUUUUCUCUGUCAGCCACCUCUGAAGACUGGAGUCAGUACGAAGUUGUUGCAAAUAAAACAGCUCGCAAUAAACUCAUCUGGUGGUGAUUAAGAACUAAGUUGAUCCGCCAGUCACAACCAUUAAAAAUGCAGCCUUGAAGGAAUGUGCAUUUUUAAACAGUUAUGUCUUUUUGACCAGACCACACAACUGUGGAAGCAAAAGAUAUACCAACUACGUCUUAUUUUCUGUGUUUUUUUUAGUUGAUGGGGGUGCAUGUAAGGGUUUGCUCGGAGCGAUGGUGUCUGCUGAGGACAGCCAAAGAAUAAACAGGACAGAUGUUGUGUUUUUUUCCCUCUGAUAAUAAAAAAGAAACAGCCAUUUCUAGCGCCUGGAACCGGUGCCAAAUUCCAUCCAUCCUAUCAAGCAGGAAGUUUUUACAUAAGGAGAGUUUGAUAGCUGCACCUGCACUAGCAAGGAAUUCCUGCCGGAACGUGACUCCAGGACUCAGUUACAUAUCUGACUGGAAUUUUGUUUUGCAGCAAAGUAAAGGUUUGACUUUUGUAUUGUGUCCUUUACAGAUUCUGUGUAUGCACAGAAUGAUGGAUUGCAGCCACUGCUUUUCAAUUCAGAGAUUCAGAUCUGUUGGAAACAAAACCCUACGCUUUUAAAACAGACAGGAAGCUGAUUGAGAGUGGAAGAAGGAAUGAGCCAUUUUUGCUUUGAAACUUGCCCUCCAUGGGACACUGCAAUGAAUUAAUCUUUGUUACAAUUCAGAAUCUCCUCGGCACAGGAGAUUCUCUUGUGGUAUUUGCCUUAUGAGUGGAAAUGGCAUUAACAUGAAAAUUGCAAUAUUACCCUAAUCUUCUACACUUAUUGUAUUUAAGUCACAGAAUUGGGCAUGAUUUAAUUGACCACAGUGGAAUAGGCUCAAAGAGCAAAAUGGUUUAGUCUUGUUCCUGCGCUUAGUCUGUGUGUGAGUACCAUGGAUUGUUUUGUCUCACUCGAUAUGUGCUUUAGUACACUAACUAGGGAGUUAACCGGCAUUGCAACCAGCAUUCAAAACUCAAGUCUUUUUGCAAGAGAGGAGGUUGGAAGAAUUUGAAAUCCUGCUCUGUGUUGUGCAGAUUGAUAACUUUUAAGGGGUGUGGGUGGGGAGAAGAAGCUCCAAUUACUUUAAUGGUUUUGUUUUGCCUUUUACGCUUGGUUGCCCCAGGGGAAAUGUGGGCUUGUUUACUGUUUAUUCAGGUCCAAGGUAGCAGUAAGAGUUUGAUGGCCCCAUUUGGUUUGUUGGUCAACAUACAUCAAUCAGGUAAGAAUGUAUACAUUAUAUGACCCUGCCUUUCUACAGGAGAGGUUACAACAGAGGUAUUUUCUACUGUCCAUUGUCAGAAAGUGAAUUAGACCAUAGCCCUGUAAUAAACUCACCUACUGAUGGAACUUAGAAAUAUGGGCUAUUUUACCAAGUUUGCUCAGGGCAAUGCUGUGCUUAUGGUUAAAUAUAGUAGGUGUACAGGACAUAUGUAGAGCUUAUCACCACAUCCUUUUGUUUGAUCUGUGUUAUCCAUGUUAUGACUCUAUGGUUCUAAACAGUCUAGUCACACUAACAGAGUAUUGCACACAUAGUGGAGAAUUUUCUGAAAUUGUUCCUGGAACCUCAAAGGACAGAGCUGGUUGAAUUUUCAAGGGUUUUAUAUAUUACAACUACCACUUUCCGAAUGAUUAUUUAUGAAGAGGGGGCGUAUAGACACAAAUUUUGCUGUUAUUUUCUAUAUUGAUGCUUGAUGAUGAAAAUUAGAAUUCUAUAUGCUAAUUAAAUUUAUUAACACACCGUGUGGGCGGCACGGUGGCACAGUGGUUAGCACUGCUGCCUCACAGCGCCAGAGACC